AUGUCUUUCACACUUGAUGACUUGCUUGGACCAACGAAGUCUGAUGGCUUCGAGAUGUUUGGGUCCCGCACACCACAGCCAUCGACUUCGAAAGCAGCAGGUGCAACUGACGACAUGUUUUCUGACUGGAAAACGAGCGACAAACCUAGUAAACCGGGGGAGAAUACGAAGAAACCCAUCAAUUUCAACAGCCUGGUGGACUUCGACCUUGAUAGUGGUUUUAGCAAGUUCGACAUUUCCAUGAGUGACCUCGAUUUCGCCGAUACGAAUUCAGACUCUCCAAAAGCUGAACCGGCAGAUGCGAGGCCAAAGCUUGACCAAGGUCUUUCGCUCGCGUCAUCCAUGAAUGGUGAAAAGAAAGACGAAUUUGAAACUGGGUUUGAAGAUUGCGAAACUUCCGGGUUACCUGAAACUGAAAAGCAUACGGAAGAGCCAACUCAAGAUGCUGACGAGUUGAGUCAAGACAUUCCAGAGCUUAAUGAAUCCGAGAUCCAAAGUCCGAGAGAAGACAGCAUUACUGACAACGAGCCAACUGAUCAAAACAGCCCAGGAAAUACUUCAGAUGUUUCUCCUACUAACCCAACAAAGAAUGGUCAGACGAGUCUAGACGAUCAACAGGAUGAACCGCUGGAGCCCUCUGAGCCUACAAAACCGCUGCAAUCUUCCAAGCCUGUUGAGCCGCUGGAGUCCUCUGAGCCUGAUGAACCACCGGAGUCCCCUAAGCCUGCUGAACCCCUGGAGAGUUCCAUGCCUGCUGAACGUCUGGAUUCUGCCAAGCCUGCUGAACCUCUGGAAUCUUCCAAGCCUGCUGAACCUCUGGAGUCUUCCAAGUCUGCUGAACCUCUGAAGUCCUCCAAGCCUGCUGACACACAGGCGACCAAGAAAUCUGCACGAAUAAACGCCAAUUCUCAAGGACCAAAUGGCGAUAAUUCUGAAGUGUUGAUGGCCAAGAAAAGCAUGCUUGAAUUGAAUAAGCCAUCUGCUGCAUCCGAUCCCGGCAAAGGGUAUGCUGCACUGCAACAUCCUAUUUCGACCUCGAAUCCGGGACAGCAGAGAUCCAUCAGCAGCACCGCCCAAGAAAAGAGCGUUGUGAAGCCAGUUCCCCUUGCAUUGCGCACGAGCAUCAAUCCUGGAGUUGAAUCAGCUAGACUCGGAAAUCGUACUUCUCUGAAGAUCUCAACAAGCACCGGCCAACAUUUCAGCCAGGGGAAAACUACAUCUGAGAAUGGAGCUAUGGGGAGCAGGACCAGCAGUUUGCGAAAGUUGGCUUCUAUCUCCAGCAAACCUAUUGUGGCAACAUCUGUCCAGCCUCGGGUGGCUCAUGUCCAAGUUGAUGAAGCCUCGCCACCAGCAACUUCAGCCAAACUCUCAGCUUUGGAAUCUCAGCUGAAUAACACAUUCGUUUUUGGGCAGCAUUCUGCACUGGAAGACAGCACAUCGCUCAACAAGGACGUGACAUAUGGGUCCAAGCCUGAUGCACAGGAAAUUCUUCUUAUAGAACCAGCUGAAGAAAAGCAAGACAAGGGAGACAUGACGCUAUCCUUCCCUGCUGCUGGAAAAAUGAUGAAGGAGCGAGACGAUGUGCAGAACAUGGGGAUGGUGGCCAUGCUAGCUGGCGGCGGACAGCUCAUGGGAAUCCAGAACAAAGAAAUUGGAGACAUGAGCCCGGAGUUUGAAGGAGAGGCAUCAGGAGUUGAUGAGCUUGAUCAGGUGUACAGGAUGCUGCAGCGUAAGCAUGAAGAAGCGAAAGAGCUACUUGUGAGGGUGAUGAUCAACCACAACCUGUUGGUGCGAAUGAAUGAGAAAUACAGCUACGAGAACAUUGAGAAGAAGCGGCAAGAUAUUCUGAGUCUGAUUUCACGUGGUGCUGCCGAGGAGUAG